AUGAUGGCCGACGAUGAAAAUGGUGAUGAGGUGAAGGUGUUUAGACGUGGAGAAGAUGUGGAUGAUGAUACAAUGAUCGGAGAAACAUCCGAACAACAAUUAGCUGAUGAUAAAAAAGAAGCAGUUUUAGAAGCAGAGUUAGAAGUUGGUAAGUUGUUUUUUGGGGAUUUGGAGAAAAAUUGGGAGAAUUUGAGGCUUUCUGAAUCGGUAUCAGAGUAGCCUAAUUUUUGUGCACAUCGGGCUUUUUUUUGAAUUUUCGAAAACAAUUCUGACUCGAGUCUCAUCUUUCGAAAUUUGUCAAAAAAUUAAAAAAUUUCGUUCAACAAAAAUUGAAUUUUUCAAAAGAGAAGCAUAAUGUAACCUGACACCUCGGCUGAGGUCGCGGUUUUCAAAAUUGAAUUUUUACUCUAAACGUUUAAGACCGUUAGAACCAUGCCUAGAUAGUCUAUUUCUCAAGAAGCCAGGCCUGAAAAGCUUUUUUUAACUUUGAAUGUUAUCCAUCCUGAUUCUGGUAGCUUUUUCCUCGGAAUUUAUUCAAAAAUUCUACAGUAACCCUCAUCUCUUCCAUUCCCAUUAGCUUUUUUCUCUUUGCCAUCUCCAAAAAUAAAAUAAACAAAUUACCACAAAAAAUGUAUUUAUUUACAUUAAACCUAAUUAAUUGCCAAUCUUAAACUUUUCUUUCGCACCUUCUUCUUCCCAAUCAAAAAAAAAAAAUAACGAGCCACAUGUCAAAAAAUAUUACAAUUUUUGCCGUAUCCAAUAAAAAUAAAUAAAUAGAAAAAAGUUUUUGUGGAGUUCAAGAGCGGAAAAUUGCGCAAUUCUCAUUUACUAACCAGACAUGUACGAAAAGAGAUAAUUAUAAAAAUUGCGCAACUUUUUUUCUACUUGUAUACUACUACUGUUUGUUAAUCCGAGGAUUAAAAAAAGAGGAGACAUAUGGAAUUGAAUCAAGAUUUUCGUUUUUCAGGUUCAAAAUCAGGAACAAGCGCUUUCAUCAAACCCGAACCUUCUCCAUCUUUUGCCAGUUUAGCAGGUUUAAUGCCAGGAGGUCCAUUCAGUCCAGGAUAUGCUUUUCCAAUGUUUAUGCCGCUUAUUAUGGUGAGUUCUUUAUUUUCGAAAAAUUCAAAAAAAUACAACAAUUUCCUUUUGUCUUCAAAAUGGUAAUAGUCGGGUCCGGAAGCAAUUAGCACCCACCCAUUCAUUGGCUCUCUUUUGUCUUUCUUUCGACGACACACCCUUGACACUUUUGUUUUUUUGAAAAAAACAUGACAAAAAAGGGAAUUGUAUCGGUAACAUUAUUUGGGGGAGAAAGAGACAGUAAUUACGAUUCGAUCGAGACAUAAUUUGAGUAGGAGAAAACGGAGCAAGACCUACAUUUUUUGGGGGCGAGAGAGAAAAUGAACAAUAAUUGGAUGAUGAUGAUUUUUUGGAGAAUUUGGAGAGAGGGGGUUUCAAAUUAUCGUAGAAACUUGGAAUGGUUUUGAGGGGAGAAUUUCGAACCCUGAUUUUCAGCCAAAUUAAAUAUUAGAGUAUAAUUUUCAGCUUCUAUUCUUGAACACAAAAUUCAAGCUCUCUAAUCGUCAUAGAGUCUAUUCUUUGACGUAACCUUUUUCCUCGUCAAGUUUUAAAAUUCAAAUUUCAUUUCUCAAAACUCGUGAAAAUCUUUCUGAUCACUGAUCAUCAAAAUCAUAACACAAAUAGGGCGAAAGAAUGAUUUCAAGUUCGAAAAGGUAUGAGUUGCUCAGCUCAAUUGCGAAUCAGCACCAAAACAAAUAGCAUUCUUCGCAGAUGCUCUUGCACAAUCCGUGUCUAGAUAAUAUACAUAGAUUCGUGUAAAUAAACAGAGAUUACUGUAGGGGCGUAAUGUUUAAGCAAAUAUAAUGGGAGAUAACCAAUGGGAGAUUGUGAAGAAGAAAAUAGAUAUUAUGUAAUUGGGAAUUUUUGAAUUCAGCUCGGGCAUACCUCAUUCAGAAAUCUGUAAAAAUCUGUUUUAUCCUCAACAGCCUCUUAUUUUCAGCCUCAAUAUGGAUUACGAGCCGGACUUUCACCGAAUUUUGUUCUCCCAAUGCAAGCUGGUCUUUCACCUUCAUUUAAUAUGUUUCCAACAUCUCCAUUUUAUGGUGCUGCAAUGGCUGCAGUUGCUAAACAACAUAUGGAAAAUGCAGUUCCAUUAGCAGCAAGUAUGAGAGGAACACCAUUGAAUCCGUUGAAUCAAAUGAGAAUGCCACCGUAUCUAAAUCCAGGAAAUGGACAUUUACAUCAAAAAGAAAGAGGACAUGGCGGAGGUGGAAAAAUCAAAAAAGAUGAUCAUAUCAAAAAACCAUUGAAUGCAUUUAUGUGGUUUAUGAAAGAGAAUCGGAAAAAAUUGCUGGAUGAAAUUGGAAAUAAUGAGAAACAAUCGGCUGAAUUGAACAAAGAAUUGGGCAAAAGAUGGCAUGAUUUACCCAAAGAAGAACAGCAAAAAUAUUUUGAAUUGGCGAAAAAAGAUCGAGAAGAUCAUAAACAAAAAUAUCCACAAUGGUCGGCUCGUGAAAAUUAUGCAGUUAAUAAGAAGAAUAAGAAAAAGAGGAGGGAUAAGAGUAUUAGUAAGUUGUUUUUUGUUAGAAAAUGAAAAUAUAUUUGUAUUUUUGUAGUUUCAGUUUCGGAGAAUGGUGAUCAGAAGAAAUGUCGAGCCAGAUUUGGUGUGAAUAAUCAAGAAAUGUGGUGUAAAUUCUGUAAGAGAAAGAAGAAGUGCGAAUAUUCGAGUGAUAGAAAUACAGAUACAAUGAUGAUGGAUUUACAAGAUAGAGGUAAGGAAUUUUUGAAAAUUUUUGUGGGAUUCAAGAAAUGGACUGGGCAUUUUUGUGGAUUUUUAGGUUUAGAGAAUCAAAUAAAGAUGUUUCCGAAUAUUUUUAAAACCCGAAAAUUCGGAUUUUUUGAAAUGUUUAAGACUUUGAAAAUCCACGUUGCUAAGUUUUUUGAAAAUUAUUUGGUUGAAAAAUCAACAUACCAAAGUUUCUAGAUCUUUUUUAAUUCAAAAAAAUUGAAAAAUUUGUUUGACUUGAAAAAUCCUCAAAAUGAAAUGCUUUCCGAAUUUUACAUCUCACGAAGUUCACCUGAUCUUGAAAUGUUCCCCAUUUCUAUUAAUUUUGAAAUCCAACAUUUUUCAUUUUAACAUACUUUCAGGAUCACUUGGCCCAUCUCCAUUAGCCUCUUCCAUAGGUCGAUCACCAAUGGGUGCAAAUGCUUCUGAUUCAGAAUCUGAUGUCGAAGAUGAAGAUGUCGAUCCAACAAUUUCACAACAAGCAAGAGAAGUGAUUAUGCAAGAAUCACUAUGUACUUUAUAA